AUGGAUACAAUCACCAAAUCUGAUCUUCGCUCCAAUUUACAAAUUGGUGACCUCGAUAACUUGAGUGAUAUCGAGGUUGCAAAUAAAGUUAAUGCCAAGUUUCUGGAACCACUCCAAGAUUUUCAACCGUUGCAAAUUACAGUACCAAACAACGACUCCAUUUCAAAUGUCCUCACAGUGUCUGAAAUGGACGUCUGGAAUUGUUUAAACUCACUCAAUCUCUGGAAGUCAGGUGGGCCUGAUAAUAUCCUGUUUUGGGUUCUUAAAGAAAAUGCAACGAUUCUUUCAUUACCAGUGAUGAAAAUCAUAAACAGUUCCUACCUUGAAAACAAACUAGCCCCAAUUUGGAAGCAAGCAAAUAUCAUCCCAGUCCCAAAGGUGACGCCAGCUCAUGACAUUAACCAACAUCUUAGACACAUUUCGUUAACUCCUCUACUUUCUAAAGUCGCCGAGGAAUUCGUGGUUAUUAAGCAUUUAAAACCCACGAUCUUUAAAGUUUUAGAUGUAAAUCAGUAUGGUGUUAUUCCCGGCUCGUCCACAAACCAGGCGCUCAUUAAAAUGAUUCAUGAAUGGUCGGAGAAAACAGACGGUGUUAGAGCUUCAGUAAGGAUCACGGUGGGAAAAAAAAGACAGCAAAUUGGGCCAAGUUUUUAUAACUUUGUGACUUUAGUUUGGAAUAUCACGAAACGUCAUCACACGAUAGAUCUUGCCAUUCCUAGAAAUAGUAUCAUUUUUGCUUUUCGAUUUUGUUACAUUUUGGGGGGAAAAUGACGUGUCAACUUUAGCGCCAAAAAAUUACACCCGAGCUAAAAUCAUGCUACUAACUUUUUUAAUGAGAAUGUCUUAAAAGGAUCUUUGUAAAAAACACUGAAAAUACAACAAGGCAGUGCGAAGAUAUGGUGAUUCAAAGUUCGAAAAAAAUCUAUUUUUAGUAACAAAAUGGCGGAUUUUUCAGACUUUUAAGCACCAUAUCUUUGCACUGCUUUGGCGUAUUUUGAAUUUUUUUACAGUUUUGAGCUCCUUAUAGGACAAAUCUCAUCAAAAAAGUUACUACCAUGUUCUUAGCUCUUGUUUAUUUUUUUGGCGCCAAAGUUGGCACGUCAUUUUCCCGCCAAAAUGUAACAAAAUCAGAAAACAAAAAACGAUACGAUUUCUAGGAAUGGCAAGUUCUAUCUUGUGAGAAAGGUUGGUGAUAUUCCAAACUAAAGUCAGAAAGUUAUAAAAAUGUGGCCCAAUCUGCUGUCUUUUUUCCCACCAUGGAUUGUUUUGGUUGAUUACCAAAAAGCUUUCGAUUAUGUGGACCACACCAUCGUCCUAUCUAAACUGAAAUCUCUCGAAAUCCCUGAUUCCACUGUUAGUUGGAUUGCAGAUUUCCUGAGUGACAGACAACAACGAACCAAAUUAGGACACGACUGUUUUUCGGGGUGGGGGAAUGUCCCAGCAGGUGUCCCUCAAGGAACCAAGCUGGGUCUGUGGUUAUCUAUAUUGAUGAUAAACGAUAUAAAAACACGUUGUUUAGACGAGGAAAAUUCGUAGACGAUCUAACGGUAUAUGAAACAGUAAUCAGAUUUGGUUCAAGUGAUAUCCAACAUGCAGUGUCCGAAAUUGAAAAGUGGUCCGAGUCAAACCUUUUCAGAUUGAAUGAAAACAAAUGCAAAGAAUUGCGGAUAGACUUUGCGAAAAAUAGAAAUCCCUUUCCUCCUACUAUCGCGAACAAUUUGAAGUGGAAUAGUCAUGUCAAUAACAUAGUAACAAAAAGUUCCAAAAGGAUUUACCUUUUAGUGCAGCUGAAACAAGCAAAAGUCGCGAUUCAGGAUGUUUUACAAUUCUAUACCGUAUGUAUCCGCCCCAUUCUGGAAUAGGCUUCCACAGUUUUCCACUACUCUUUACCUAAAUACUUGUAGGUCGUGGGCCGACCACAUGAAAGUCCUCAAGAAAAGCAGUUACGUUGGCCAAAUUUGCAGAAUAAAAUAUUUCGAUACAGACUUACGUUUUGAAGUGUGCUGAAUUCAAUUCUUUUUGUUCCCAAGUCUGAAACCCCGCAGUUUUUCGAAUUGAAUUCUAUAUUAUUUGCUGUCAGCAUGUUAAUUUGUUUCCUGCAUGUCACCGGGUAUUUUACCCCAUAAACAUGACAACAGUGGCGUUGACAUGAAAAUUUUCCCGGAAUCUGUUGCGUUUCCAUGACAACAGUCGGCUUGAACGAGACAAAAUGGCCGACAAAGAGACAAAGGGCAAAUCUUGUUUAGUCCAUUUAAAAGGCGUUAAGGAAUAGAUAAAUACUGUUACCGAGCAAACUUUCACUAAAUUUAAAACCUGUCGACUUCAGUCGCUGCAAUUACCAGGUACAUCGUCUGAAAUAGCUCACGAGAGUCUGAAAAUAUGUGCUAAUGAAGAACUAGAUUUUUCUAAGCACUAUUUCCAUAAGUACUGUUACAGCCAAUUUACCUACGUAACAAAGAUAAGAAGGGCGGAAUCUAAGCAGCAAAAGCUCCUAGCUGUAGAGCAGUAGCAAAUAAAUCAGUGUGAAUUUGCUACCGCCUCGAUUAAUCCAAGAAAGCGUACACGUUCUGCCAUAAUAUCACAGUUAGUCGAAAUUCCUGCGAGAAAUAAUGAGGUUCUUCCAAAUGUAUGUAUUAUAUUCAAGAAAGAAAAUAUAUAUGUAAAAGAUAAGGUAAGCAUUUGGGAGUAUAGAAAUUAUAGUUAAAUUUGCCAUCCUAUUUAUUUAUAUUACAUAGCACUUUAUAAAUUUGUAUAUGAAUGACAUAUACUAUAAUUAUUACCUUGCAAUAUAUUUAGCUUGAUGUCAUGUGUAUGACCUAAUAAUGUUUUUUUAUUUCAGAAAACAACUCAACUCAAAAACAACUCGAAAACGUGUUUUAGCAAAAUUGCACACUGCAGAAACAGUUGAUGCAGGUUUAUUGCGACGUGCUACAGAACAAAAGAAUGAUGAGUCAGUACUUCACUAUAUAAGAUGAAAGGAUUGUGUCGCGAUUGAAGUCCAUUACCAUACGAUUUGCUACAAAUCAUAUACACAGUUUCUGUAUAAGCGAUCUCCAGGACAGGGGCAUUUGUAUCUAAAUGCGUAUGAGAAAUUUUUGCCAGGAUGUAAUUGUUGAAAAAAUUAUAAAAAGCAUAAUGUAUACCGGAUGACCAAGCUGUUUUAAAAGUUCCUUCAUUACGUCAAUAUGUUGAGGAAAAAGAUGCAUCUAAUUAUAAAGCAUCUCGUUUUAAAACGAGGUUAAAAGUUGACUGUCCACAACUGGUAUUCUUUGGCCCUUCUAAAUGCACACAAAGUCAACUUGUUUAUGUUGAAGCGGUCUCUGCUGGUGAAGUCUUAGAUAAUUUACCUGAUUCUGCCAGUAAUUCUGGGUCUGACUAUGAGUUGUAUAACGAAGAAGAUAAUCAACAGACAAAUUGUCAACAACAGUCUCCUUUUCAAGUUGAAAAUAGCACUUGCUUUAUACCGGAGCCAUGCAAACAUUAA